AUGCCCAAGUUCUACCCCUCCCUGUCCGCCGAUCUGGCCGAGUGGCUCCUGGCACAGCCGCUGUUCUUUGUCGCUAGCGCUCCAAUCGCGGGAGCUCACAUCAAUGUUUCCCCAAAGGGCGACCCGUCUCACUCCCUCGCCGUAAUCAACCAGAACCAGGUUGCCUAUCUCGACGCCACAGGCUCCGGCGCUGAGACCAUCUCGCACAUUUACGAGAACGGUCGUGUCACCCUCAUGGCUUGCAGCUUCGGCACCUCGCCACGCAUCAUGCGCCUGUUUUGCACCGGCCGCGUCGUCGAGAGCGGCAGCCCCCAAUUCGAUGGCUGGGUUGCCAAGACGGGCAUCAAACGAGGCGUCAAAGCGUGCAGAGCCGUCAUAAUCCUUGACAUCUUCAAGGUCCAAACCUCCUGUGGUUAUGGCGUCCCCGUACUGUCGCCCAAGGCCUCUCCCUCCCCGGAGCUUGGCCCCACGCAAAACCACGACGGAAACGCCGACCUGGAGUCUGACGCCGCAGCCAAGUACUGGGAAAUCCGCGACACCAUGUCUCACUGGGCCUCUAAGAUGCUCGCCAAGGACGGCGCCAUUCAGGGCUACCGGCGCCAGAACAACAGCUACAGCCUGGACGGCUGCCCCGGUAUGAACUCUGCGCGCAGGGCUGGUGGCGAGAUUGUGCUGCUGGGGAACGCGAGGGCCAUGGUCAGGCGAAUGGUGGUUGGCGAGUGGGGCGCGAUGGUGUUUGGUGCGUUGUUGAUGCUGUUGGGCAUCACCAUGGCAAGGGCAGCGGGUUUGGUCGAGGUCACUGUGAAAAUCUAA